CUUGACUUUCAAUCUCAAGUGCUACACGUGGGUUUCCUUGGCAGCAUGAAGCUGUGAAGCUAGCAUGCCAGCCAUGCAACAGCUCACGGAAUUCAUGCAUAGCCAUAUAUGUAAUCUUAAACACGUACACUGCUGUACAGCUGGUCAAACACUUUGACCAAAACCCAACUACAACAUAAGGGGAAGUCUGGCGUCAGAUGAGGGGAAGACAUUGAAGGUGCCGCCUACAGAAGUGCAGGGGCGAUAGUAUUUAGCCGCUGCUAUAUCGCGCCCGCCAUUUUCCGCUCAGAAGUUGCUAGGCUGGGGCCCGAGAGAAUUGUACUCACUGUUUUCUAGGCUCUGCUGUUGCCAUGGAGGGGCGACUGAGCUGGCGACUGCAAGCCACAGCUUCUAACCUUUUGCUCCUGAUCAUUACAGUGAUGACUUUCUACAAUUUUCCUUGCCCUUGCCUGGCCAUCCCUGCUGGGGUUCCCAGCCACCUCUUAACCGACAAUUGCACAGUGGCAAACGUUGAAUACUAUACUGCGCAGCCGCCUGGGAGCUUCUAUUUCUAUGAUGGGACCCUGGACACCUACUGCUACGACAAAAAUAGAAAAGAUCCCCCAACUUCUGGAUGGAAAGUAUGCGGAGUGGGUGCUGCGCCCGCUUGCACAACUGCAAACGCCCCUUCUGGCACCAGGACAGAGGCGUGCAAGAUCGGCUACUACCCAUCAUCUGUUGAAUUCGAUGCUUGCCAAAGAUCAGUGAGGAUGUUUUUUGUCAACUACGAUCUCGACUGCGAUCGGGUGGUAAUUUGCGAGUACUUCAAUGGCCCGGUCGUGGCCACAACGGGGACCACAGCUCCACUAGCAACCGUGGGGUCACCUCCAGCGGUCACUCUGCCACCGACGUUGCCCACUGUGCCUCCGGCCCCGGUGUUGCCUCCAUCCCCCUCUCUGCUCCCAAAGGCGGACGAUGUUGUGGUGAUGUCACUUUAUGCUGUGGGAUCUGUGCAGUAUUCCUGCAUUAAGGCGUCCGGCCUGUUCUCCAACAUGACCAUCAGCGCCAAUCUGUACGCAACACCAUUGGCGAAUGCAUCUACUGGCACAUACUCGAAGGCCGACGGUUCGCAGGUCUUCAAUUUGGCAGAUGGAAGCAGGGCCCUGGUCGGUCCCAGGGACAUUGGCAACUCCUACGCCCAAAAUCCAAAUGUUCAACUGGAUGGUGGGUAUGGAUCCUUGAAUCAGAGUUACUCGACGGCCACUGGGAAUCUCAGCCUCGCUAGUGUUUCUUACGUCACCGUUACAGCGACGAUCGGGGGCGUUCUCCCAAGCAAGGCCCCGUGCACCAAGGUGCCCGAGUCAGUGAUUUUGUAUCCCCCUUGGUCAAUCCCGUUCGAAGCUAACAUCACCUUUCUGAGCAGGUUUACCCCACCAGUCUAAUCUAGCAGAUUCUAUACUUCAACGCCAUGUUGUGAACCGUGAAGUAUGGAAAUUCCAGACGGCAUCUGAGAGCAGAACCUGUAAAAUGGUGGAAUUGUCGAGCUUUACUGCCAUGGGUAGCAAGAGGCGCCCACAGCUAGCGCAAUCAGCCUGGCUGUCUGAAUCAACUUUGGGCCAGGUUUACGUCUUCAGACCGUACUUGGGAACGUCCUAGCUCUUGGAACUUCGUCACUGCUUCAACAUCUUAAUAAGCCUGAAACUAAGCGAUCAGCAGA